AUGGGUAAAGGCACUCCAACCAGUCCAGAUGAGCCCAAGUACGCUGAAUCAUCCACCCAGGACGCUCAUCAUAUGAUGUUUGGCCACUACUGGAACUCAACCAGAGAUGUGCCACCUAGUUCCAUCAGCCAGGGCAACAAGAAGAUUUGCAACUGUGUCAACCAUCAGGCAAGCCAGUGGCCAAUGGACCAUGCAAUAAUAAAACUACCUUCCUGCACCUACAAGUGUCCCUACUGCCCCGCGUUUGACGACGAACUCGACCCCGUGCCUCAGGCGGCGAAGGUUCGUGCCCAUAUUAAACGUGUUCAUGUGAGGAAAGAAUCCGAGUUUCCUGGACUUACUGUUCAGCCAGCCAGAGCAGCAAAUGCCAGCCGUACUUCGCGUUAA